GUGGAACAAGCAGACCAAACUCAGAAACUUCUCCAAGCAUCCCAGCUCUCAGCCUAACCCCUGACACCAUGGCCUGCUGUUCCACCAGUUUCUGUGGAUUUCCCAUCUGUUCCACUGCUGGGACCUGUGGCUCCAGCUGCUGCCGAUCAACCUGCAGUCAGACCAGCUGCUGCCAGCCAACUUCCAUCCAAACCAGCUGCUGCCAACCGAUCUCCAUCCAGACCAGCUGCUGCCAGCCAACCUGCCUCCAGACCAGUGGCUGUGAGACCGGCUGUGGCAUUGGUGGCAGCAUUGGCUAUGGCCAGGUGGGUAGCAGCGGAGCUGUGAGCAGCCGCACCAGGUGGUGCCGCCCUGACUGCCGCGUGGAGGGCACCAGCCUGCCUCCCUGCUGUGUGGUGAGCUGCACACCCCCGUCCUGCUGCCAGCUGUACUAUGCCCAGGCCUCCUGCUGCCGCCCAUCCUACUGUGGACAGUCCUGCUGCCGCCCAGCCUGCUGCUGCCAGCCCACCUGCACUGAGCCCGUCUGUGAGCCCACCUGCUCCCAACCCAUCUGUUAAAAACCUACUGAUGGAAAUUCUAAGACAAUGGCACUUCAAAAUUAGCCAGUGUACAGUCCCAACAAACUUCUAAGGACUAGUACCCAUAACCCAGCUUACCACCUCAUGUCAGAAGGCUACAUAAUUUCCCUAACAUGGAAAAUUGAUUUAUAAUAAAAAACCAAAAAUA